UAUAAAAGCUCUGUGUGCACUUGGACCGCCAUCAUCGAGCCAUGGCCUUCCUGUGGAUCCUGUCCUGCUUCGCCUUCAUCAGCGCCGCCUACGGUUGUGGUCGGCCUGCCAUCCCUCCCGUCAUCACCGGAUACUCUCGUAUCGUGAAUGGCGAAGAGGCAGUGCCUCACUCCUGGCCGUGGCAGGUUUCCCUGCAGGAUUACACCGGUUUCCACUUCUGCGGUGGUUCUCUGAUCAGUGAAUACUGGGUGGUGACAGCUGCUCACUGCAAUGUCCGGACGUCCCAUCGUGUGAUCCUGGGUGAGCACGACCGCUCCUCCAACAGCGAGAGCAUCCAGGUCAUGAAAGUGGACAAGGUCUUCAAACACCCAAAAUACAACAGCUACACCAUCAACAAUGACAUUCUGCUCAUCAAGUUGGCUAGCCCCGCCCAGAUGAACAUGCGCGUUUCCCCGGUGUGCGUGGCUGAGGCUGGUGACAGCUACCCUGGAGGCAUGAAAUGUGUAACUACCGGCUGGGGCUUGACCCGCUACAAUGCUUCUAACACCCCCCCCAGGCUGCAGCAGGCCGCCCUCCCCCUGUUGACCAAUGAAAACUGCAGUCGUUAUUGGGGCAACAAGAUCACCAACCUGAUGAUCUGCGCUGGAGCCUCUGGAGCCUCCUCCUGCAUGGGUGAUUCUGGUGGUCCUCUCGUCUGUCAGAAGGGUGGAGCCUGGACUCUGGUUGGUAUUGUUUCAUGGGGCAGCGGCAACUGCUCCACCUCUAUCCCUGGUGUGUACGCCCGUGUCACCGAGCUGCGAGCCUGGAUGGACCAGACCAUUGCUGCCAACUGAAGCCUAUUCACAUCAGUUUUUACUUUGAUGAUGAACUCUAAUAAAACCAAAUUGUAGCUUCAACA